GUUAGUGAGCCGAAUGGCAAUCGGUUGCACGAAUGGCGACGAUCGUGGCGAGCGGGCAACGAAUUCGAAUUUCUUUGGCGGGGCUCGUGUUUAGUAACACUUCCACUUCGAACGCUUGACGAUCUCCACAUGUGGGGAGUGUGCUGUGCCCGACGAUCGCAGCAGCAGCAAAUCAGCGUUUUCUUAUCGUGUGUGUGUUGAGAGAGAGAGUCAGACAGACAGAGAGAGAGAGAGUCGGAAAGUGAGACAUAUUAAGUUUGUGGCUAGGACCAAAGGACCUAUCCAAGAUGUUACCCAGAGAUCUACGGCAUCUCUCGGGUCUGCUGGGCGCCGUUGUUUUGCUGGCCAGCGUUGUGUCCUUUGCGGAGGCAUCAAAGGAAUGUAACACAACAGUAUGUGACUGCAAAGGCAUCAAAGGACGACAGGGCGCCAUCGGGCCCUUUGGAGUCAUCGGACUGGAGGGAGCACCUGGCGACACGGGACCAUACGGACCACCCGGCCGACUUGGCGAAAAGGGUGAUGUUGGCGAAUACGGCGGAGUAGGCGAAAAAGGACAUCGUGGUGAGAGUGGACCACAAGGACAACCCGGUAUUCCUGGUAAUAGAGGUAUUCCCGGCGAGGACGGUCCUUCAGGACCCCGUGGUAUCGACGGCUGCGAUGGACGGCCAGGAUCGAUGGGCGAACCCGGCAAGCCCGGCGAAAAUGGAAAGCAUGGUCAGAUGGGUGCUCCGGGUAAUGCGGGAGCACCUGGUGAUGCCGGCGAGGGCGGCAUCAAUUCGAAGGGCACCAAGGGUACCCGCGGUGAGCGCGGUCAGGACGGCACCCAAGGACCGCCUGGAUUCGAGGGCGAUCGCGGCCAGAAAGGUGACACCGGUUUCGCGGGCAUGGAGGGUGAGAAGGGUGACCGCGGCUACCAGGGCGUCAAGGGCGACACUGGCGAGCCAUUGGAGACGAACUACAGCUACCAGGGCACACCCGGUGAGAAGGGUGAGCCCGGCGAGGGAGAGCCCGGAGCACUGACCUCUGACUCGUCCCAAAAGGGCUACAAGGGAUACAUGGGCAAGCGUGGUGUGGAUGGACCAGUUGGACCGGCUGGAGAACGUGGUCCCUUCGGACGAAAUGGACUGCCCGGCGGUCGUGGUGAUAUAGGAGAGCCCGGAGAGCGUGGCAAGCCCGGCAAGGAUGGAGAGUCUGGUGUCCCCGGUAAUAAGGGCGUUAAAGGUGCCCCCGGAUACGACGGUCAGAAUGGAAUCGACGGUAGGCCCGGUGAUAGGGGUGAGGACGGCUUCGACGGCACCCCCGGUAUCCAGGGACCCCAAGGACCACCCGGUAUCUACGACCCCACUCUUAGCCAGUCGCUACCCGGCCCGAUCGGUCCUCAGGGUGAUCUGGGACCGGAGGGACCACGCGGCUUGAACGGAGUGCCCGGCAAGCAGGGACGCCGCGGACCACAAGGACCCGCCGGCCAGCCAGGAGACGAGGGAUUGAGCGGAAAUCGCGGCCCUCCCGGACGCAGUGAACGAGGAGAGGCUGGUGAUUACGGUCUGAUGGGUCCUCCUGGGCCUCAGGGUCCUCCCGGAGAGGUGGGACCAAUCGGACGCACCGGACUGCACGGCGAUUCUGGCCUCAACUUGAUCGGACAAAAGGGUCAACCCGGAUUGAAUGGCCAGCCUGGAAUGUAUGGAUAUCGUGGCGAGCGUGGAGAAGUCGGCUUGCCCGGAGACAAGGGUUUGCCUGGCGAGGGCUACAACAUUACGGGGCCCAGGGGUGCCCAGGGUCCACCCGGAUUGCGUGGCCGUCCCGGUGAUGAUGGCCUGCCUGGCUAUCGAGGCUAUCCCGGUGACAAGGGUCUGCGAGGCGACGACUGUGGCAUCUGUCAUGCCGGACCUCGGGGUACACGAGGCCAGGAGGGUGACACCGGUUAUCCAGGAACUCAUGGCAACCGUGGCCUGAUCGGCAUCACCGGUGCCCGUGGCCCAAAGGGUGCACAGGGCAAGCCCGGUAAACCCGGUUUCCCGGGUAUUCGAGGACUGCCUGGUAUUCCCGGUGAACCUGGAGCGAUCGGAGCUAAGGGUCGUGCCGGAGUAAUUAUAACCAUUGGUAACCUGGUUAAAGGAGAAAGGGGUGACGAUGGCGAUUUCGGUGCUCGUGGAGUACAGGGAUUGGAUGGAGACCAGGGAUUGAACGGCUUCCCCGGCAGUCAAGGUGCUCGUGGUGAGCCCGGUCUGCGAGGCGAUUACGGCGACACUGGAAGGCCCGGCAUCGAUGGACGUCCCGGACGUAAUGGAGUCGAUGGAAAGCCCGGUGUCACGCCUUCAGUCCCCAAGCAACGAUUGGUCGGUGAUGCGGGUCGCAACGGUCGCCGAGGCGAUCGUGGUGACGACGGAGAACGCGGCUUCAAGGGCGACAAGGGUGAGCCACAUCCCGGAGAGAUUAUUGACAACAGGGGUGAACGUGGUGACUUUGGAUUCCCCGGACUGCCCGGCUUUAGAGGUCAAAAGGGCGACGACGGAGAUGUCGGAAUCGAAGGCGAGUUUGGUGACCAAGGACCGGUUGGUGACACAAUCGAAGGACCAGUUGGAGCCAAGGGCUAUCCAGGCAUUCCCGGUGACUAUGGACUGCAGGGCGCUCCCGGAGAGCCCGGCAUGGAUGGCGAACCUGGAACGGACGGCAAUCCUGGAUACAAGGGCCAGCGUGGUGAGCCAGGACAAUCGGUUAUACCCGGAGACAUGGGUAUACCCGGUCGAGUGGGAGUGAAGGGCUACCCUGGAGACGUCGGUUUGGCGGGCCAAUACGGAGCUCCAGGCAUUCGAGGUCUUAAGGGACAGAAAGGUGAGGUGGGACCGUACGGCGCUACCGGACUGACCGGCCUUCCCGGCAAUAAGGGUCAACGUGGUGACUACUUGGUCGGCCCUCCCGGCCCUGCAGGUCAACCCGGUCGAAGCGGAAGCAUCGCUCUUCAUGGCACUAAGGGCCAGAAGGGAGAUUUUGGCGUCCAAGGACCUUUCGGCGGAAGUGGCGUCAAGGGCAGCAUCGGUUUGACCGGCUUGCGUGGACCUUUGGGCAACCCGGGAGUAGCAGGCUACCCAGGUAGCCCCGGAAUCGGAGGAUUGCCGGGAAUGGUCGGCGAGAACGGUGAUCGUGGUGAGAUUGGAGCAGAUGGACGACCUGGUGACAUUGGACCACGUGGAGCUGUCGGUGAUCUGGGUCCAAAAGGUCUCACUGGCGACAUUGGACCGUUUGGAUAUCCCGGAUCCCAUGGACGUCCCGGUAUCAAGGGAGUGCGUGGAGAUAGAGGUGUACCCGGUUAUCCGGGAGUAAAGGGCGCUGCCGCUUACAGCGGCAUCAAGGGAGAUGCUGGUGAGCCCGGCUACCCUGGACUACAAGGCUACAUAGGAGCUCCGGGAGCUAAGGGAUUGCGAGGACAGCCUGGUGAUUCACCCGAGGCGUUGGAAGGUCCCAUCGGUCGCAAGGGAGAGCCGGGAAAUCCAGGACGGGAUGGACUUAAUGGUCGCUACGGUUUGAAGGGUCAGCGCGGUGAUCGUGGCUUCGCUGGUCAAGCCGGUAUUCGAGGUGCUCCAGGAUCUAUCGGAGUGCCGGGAUAUCGUGGACGCAACGGUACUCCUGGUCUCAAGGGUGCAGUUGGAGAACGUGGACCCGAUGGACCCACCGGACCUAAAGGAGAAAAGGGUGACGAUGGAAUUUACGGUCUGAAUGGACUUCCCGGAAACCAAGGUCCUCAAGGCCCACCCGGCAUCCAGGGUCCCCAAGGACUGCCUGGCGACGAAGGAGAAAUCGGCUAUCCCGGACGUGUGGAGAACUUGGGUGAUCGUUAUCUCUACCGCGGCUUCCCCGGAGAUCGUGGAUACGAGGGAGCCCAGGGCGAGCAGGGUGAUAUCGGCCUGGUCGGAUUCAUCGGACUUCCGGGCGCAAAGGGCGAAAGAGGAGAUAUUGGUCCCGUCGGAUAUCCAGGCUUAGAUGGUAGUCCAGGACUCAAGGGCGUUCAAGGUGACAGGGGAUACCGAGGUCUGCCAGGCAUACAGCUGACGGCCGAACGAGGCUUGGAUGGUGAUGCAGGAUACGAUGGACGUCCCGGUCGCCCAGGACGCCCGGGCCAGAAAGGAGCUCCCGGUGAACAAGGAGAGUACGGAAGGAAUGGUGCCAUUGGCCACCAAGGACCCGAGAUCCAAGGUCCUCCUGGUCCGCAAGGUGAUGCGGGAGCGCCAGGAGCACCCGGACGCCCAGGCUCGUAUGGAUUAGCGGGCGUUCAAGGAGAACGCGGCAGUCAAGGUCUUCAGGGCCAGAAGGGAGAGCCAGGCUAUACCGUUUGGGGCAUGCAGGGCGACAUUGGAGAUGUUGGCUACCAGGGAGUUUCUGGACCCGACGGACCCAAGGGUGAGCCAGGCUACCCCGGUCGUCCGGGUCAGUACGGCCGCGCAGGACCACAAGGACCCCGAGGCCUUACAGGAGAGAUCGGUUGGGGAGGCGUUGACGGCGUGGACGGUCUGGCGGGCGUGAAGGGUCAGCCGGGAGAGACAUUCUCGUACUCCUUCGCUCGCCAAGGCGACCGAGGCGAACCCGGAAUAGAUGGCUUCAAGGGCCAGCGCGGUGAAACCGGAGCUCCUGGAUUGGAGGGAUACAUCGGCUAUAGAGGCGCCAAGGGCUACAUGGGUGAUCAAGGAGAAGUGGGCUAUACUGGUGCCGAUGGUCCCCAAGGACCCCGCGGUGACCAGGGUGCCAUCGGUCUGACUGGUCGCACUGGUCUCACCGGUAGGCCCGGAGCACCCGGAGAUCCGGCUCCACCACCACCGCCGCCAAAGAGCCGUGGCUUCAUCUUCACCCGCCACUCGCAAUCCGUCAACGUACCCCAGUGUCCCGCCAACACGAAUCUGUUGUGGGAGGGCUACUCCCUAUCCGGUAACGUUGCUGCCAGUCGUGCUGUUGGCCAGGAUCUGGGUCAGUCCGGCUCCUGCAUGAUGAAGUUCACCACCAUGCCGUACAUGCUCUGCGAUCUGAACAACGUGUGCAACUAUGCCCAGAACAACGACGACAGCUUGUGGCUGUCCACCGCCGAGCCCAUGCCGAUGACCAUGGCCCCCAUCGAGUCCAAGGACCUCAUGAAAUACAUUUCCCGUUGCGCGGUUUGCGAGACAUCCACGCGGGUCAUCGCCUUGCACUCACAGUCCAUGUCCAUUCCGGAGUGUCCUGGCGGCUGGGAGGAGAUGUGGACUGGUUACAGUUACUACAUGACCACCUUGGAUAACACUGGAGGUGUUGGCCAAGACCUCGUCUCCCCGGGCUCCUGUUUGGAGGACUUCCGUGCCCAACCGGUGAUUGAGUGCCAUGGCCAUGGACGCUGCAACUACUACGAUGCUCUGGCUUCCUUCUGGCUCUCGGUAAUCGAGGAACAGGAUCAGUUCAGUAAGCCACGCCAGCAGACCCUGAAGGCCGACCCGACCAGCAAGAUAAGCAGGUGCACAGUCUGCCGUCGUCGCGGUGACGCCUUUAUAACCCGUACUGUGGUCCAGAGGACUUCCUCGUCCUGGUCAUUAGGAUCGAGCUACGACCCUGCCGGCGAAUCGCGCUCGUCUGGAGGAGGACCUGGCUUCAGCUCUAGUUGGUCAUCUGGUGGCGGAGCCGGUGGCAAUUCCGGAUCUGGAUCUGGCUCUGGCUCUGGCUGGUCUUCGGGUGGAAGUGGUGGAGCUGGCUCUAGCUGGUCAUCCAAUGCUAGCCCUGGAUCUGGAUCAAGCUGGUCAUCCAAUGCUAGCCCUGGAUCUGGAUCAAGCUGGUCAUCCAAUCCAAGCCCUGGAUCUGGCUCUAGCUGGUCAUCCAAUCCUACCCCUGGAUCCAGCUCAAGCUGGUCAUCCAAUCCUAGCCCUGGAUCCGGCUCAAGCUGGUCAUCCAAUCCUAGCCCUGGAUCCGGAUCAAGCUGGUCAUCCAAUGCUAGCCCUGGAUCCAGUUCCAGCUGGUCAUCCAACAACAGACCCGGCUCCAAUGCAAGCCCCGGAUCCAACACAGGCGCAUGGUCAUCAGGCUCCAGCUGGAGCACUGAUCCGCGAAACCCCGCUGCAUCGAACUACCGCACUUACGACGGCAACAGGCAACCGUACUCCCAGGCGCCCAGCAACUACUAUAGCGGCAGGUACAACCAGGCCCAGAGACGCCCGGCUCCCCAGAACUACAAUGAGUACGCCCGCCAAGGUGACUCCCGUACGUACCGUCGGCGCACGCGCGAGGACACCAUCGCCCCAUAGAUUUUCACUAAGUAGCAGUUAAAUUUUUGUCUUAAGUCUAUUGCUAUCCUAUCACGAUAACGAUAACGAUCCAAAACCAAAAACAAAUGAAACCAAAACCAACAACCAUAACCACCUAGUAAGUGCCAUUUUCUGUGGAGUUGCAAUCUAACACAAAGUGUCACAGUGCCGAAAAAAAAAGGAAUAUCAUAGUAGAGGACGCGAGGAGUAUCCACUGCCUGCAUAGCAACGAAAGAAUGUCUUGCGACUCUGAUGGAAUUAAUGUAAACGUAACAAAAACCAAAAACAAAACCCAGUUUUUUGAUAAAUAAAAUGUACACAACAUAAAACAAAUGCA